UUGUCACAAGUUUUGGGUGUUACAUAAUACCUAACAGGUAGUAACGGCAUUCGUCGCGAAGAAAUCUGUAGGACCGGUCAGAGAUUUUGACUCAGAACAACCAUGAUGAUCACGCUGCUCGUCCUGACCACCCUGGCCAGUCUGGCUGUCACCAGUCCUGUUCUCCCCACACAGACAUGGCCGCCGGCUUUCUGUAACAAACUGGAGUGUCCCAAAUACACCACGGUCAAGACUACAAAGGAUUAUGAGGAACGCCAGUAUGACCCGGCUAAGUGGACCAGUACCACCAUUUCCGGUAUGAGUUAUGACGAGGCCUCCAGGACAGGCUUUGAGAGACUCUUCAACUACAUCUCCGGCUCCAACAAAGGCCAGGUUAAGAUCCCGAUGACAGCGCCCGUGCUGGUGAAGGUUGAACCCGGACAGGGCCCUUUCUGUAAGACGAACUUCACCGUGUCGUUCUUCGUGCCGUUCGCCGACCAGACCAGCCCGCCCGAACCAUCCGACCCCAACGUUUUCACCAACCCUCUGACAGGGAUGACAGCUUACGUCAGAUAUUUCAAGGGAUUCGCCAGCGACACAGACUGGACCAGCAAUGCUGAGGCUUUAUCUAAAAGUCUGGACAACGCUACAGUCAGCUACAACAAGGACUUCUACUACACAGCCGGAUAUAACAGCCCCUUCCAACCGACAAAUAGGCACAACGAAGUCUGGUACCUCAAGUCAGAUUAGGAAAACCAAGGAGCCUUUUUUCAACCUCCUUGGGAAAACAAAAACCUUUUAUGUAAUUGUUUAUGCUGCUUAUCAGUGUCAAUUCGCUUUUUAUGCAUCUAUAUGUCUUAUUUUCAUUUUCUGUUGUGUAUCGCCGUUUUGCUUGUAAGUCGUCGGGUAUGGUUUUGCAAUUAGAAGUAAAGAUGUAACAAUAUAUCAUGUCUAUAUGAAUUGUCUCAAAUUUCUCACAAACGGAAUUAUGAUUAUAUGAUAGACGUAUAUUUUGAUCAUUUAUAUUAUUAUCAAAGUAGCAGAAAAAGUGAACAAUCUAAUCAAGAAACUAGGGAGGACAUGAUUGCACACAGAACUUUUUAGGACAAUAAACGUUAUAAAGAUGAA